UAGCAAGUGCGCAGUAGGAGGAAAAAGUUCUAGAGAAGGCCAAAGAAGGGUGGCCGAAGAGGAAAUGGAAUAAUUCCUCUUUCGGUUCCGUGCUGCUCAGGCUUCUGGGAAAUGGAGCCCCAGCGGGGCUUGGGGCCGAGUUAGAGGAAGUUGGCAGCGCCGGCACGCCCUUGUCAGGCCCAGCGGAGGAUGCGCGCGCAGCACCUUCGCCUCUCCCGGAAGUUUAUGCUGGGCAACUGAAAAGGCUGUUGUCACGAUGGAGUUUCCAACUCAGUAAUCCAAGGACUAGACCCUGAGUCCACAAAGGUACUGUUGCCCCUGCGGCCUGUUUCCCACCAAGAGCCCAGCCGUACUGCCUCCUCUCUAUGGCCGCUGGUAGACCUCCCUGCCCUGUCAGUUUGGGUAUGGCAAGGCUCACCUAGUCAGGCAUUGGCUCCUUCAAAGAGGCCACCUUUUCCCAGUGACCACUGAAGAAAAUAGACAUAACAUGGAAUUAGCAAAGAACACCAACAGAAGUAGGUGUGGUGGUGAUACCUGUUACCUUGAGUCCAUGACAGUCUGCACAGGCAGUGGUGCUACCUGCAGUAGGCUGGUCCCUCCUGCGUCCACCCACAUGAAAACCUGAUCCAGCAUGAUCUCCUUCUGUCCAGUCUGUGGCAAAGGUGUCAAAGGAUCAUUCAAGUUCUGCCCAUUCUGUGGCAAUUCCCUGCCUGUAGAGGAGCAUGCAGAAGCUCAGACUGGCCUUUCACCUCCUGGGUCAUCCUUCCAAGGCUCAAGGAGAGGGCUGAACUCCAGUCCUGAAACCUCCCCCAAGAAAGUGAAAUGGUCGCCCACUGUCACUUCUCUUCCACCCUCUGUCCCUUCUGGCUGUGGCAGUUCUGACUCUGAAGAAUCCUUUAAUUCUCCUGAGAGAGCCACAGGUACCUGGAGCAGACCCCUGACCCCCAGAGGCAGCCCCCAAUCCUCCAGGCGAAGUCCUCAGACACUGAAGCGGAGCCGGGUGACCACCAACCUCCAGGCUUUGCCCACAGGGACAAAACUGACAGACAAGAAAGGGCAGCACUGGACACUGGGGGCCCUCCAGACCCGGGAUGACCAAGGCAUUCUCUAUGAAGCUGAGCCCACUUCUGCCCUCCCCUGUGAAUCAAGGACUGAGAAGUAUAGAUUCUCACUCAAACUGGACUCCAAGAAUGGGCGCCUUUUCAAUGAGCAGAACUUCUUUCAGAGGGCAGCCAAGCCUAUGCAAGUGAACAAGUGGAAGAAGCGAUGCUUGGUUCCGCUCCUGGCCAUCCCCACCUGCGUUGGCUUUGGCAUUCACCAGGACAAGUACAGGUUCCUGGUGUUCCCCAGCCUGGGGAGGAGCCUUCAGUCAGCCCUGGAUGACAACCCAAAGCAUGUGCUAUCAGAGAAAUGUGUGCUGCAGGUGGCCUGCAGGCUGCUGGAUGCUCUGGAGUUCAUCCAUGAAAAUGAGUAUGUUCACGGGAACCUGACGGCUAGGAAUGUCUUUGUGAAUCCCAGGGAUCUAAGCCAGGUGACCCUGAUGGGCUAUGGCUUCACCUUCCGCUACUGCCCGGGUGGCAGACAUGUGACCUACAAAGAAGGCAGCAGGAGCCCCCAUGAGGGAGACCUGGAGUUCGUUAGUGUGGACAUUCACAAGGGAUGCGACGAGUCUCUGAGCAGGGCUGGAGCCUGUACUGCACCAGGGCAGGAGGGGAAGCGGCUGCUGCACUUAGCACACAGCUGUCUCAGCAGCGACUUAGGAGGCCAAAGGAGCGUCCCGCCUCAUGCUGCUGGGUCUGCCCUGUUCUGUCUCUGUGAUGAGGGCCCUCUCGCCGUAGUGACCUCCAGACCUUGGGCUACUGUAUGCUCAAGUGGCUUUAUGGGUCACUGCCAUGGACAAACUGCCUUCCCAACACCGAGGAGAUCACUAGGCAGAAGCAGAAAGACCCUGCAGGAGUACCUGAAGGUGGUGAUGGCCCUCAAUUACGAGGAGAAGCCGCCUUAUGCCACGCUGAGGAAUAAUCUAGAAGCUCUGCUGAAGGAUCUGCGGGUGUCACCCUAUGACCCCCUGGACCUCCAGAUGGUGCCUUAGGUGGAAUCCAGGGCUUCUGACUUGCAGUUGAACUCGAGCAUGAAGUAGUGUGUCCCAGCUGUUUGAUCUCAUUCGCUCCUGAAAACCCUUUGAAUGUGCAUUCUCACCGCUCCCUUAGGACAUGGGACUCUGCCCCCUCAGUUUCAGGGGACCUGAGUCAUCUCCCAUAAUGUGAAAUGUCCUCAUCCCUCCGCAGUUGUGGGUGAAGGUGACUGGGUGCUGGUGGCAGCAGUGGCCACUCCCUAGGGCCCUCCUUCCACAGGCAUUCCUGUGAUUCCAUAAUAAACUUUUUAAUCAACA